AUGGAACUCCGGCGGUGGAGGCUGGAGGCGCUAUAUAAGCCGCUCAGUGCGCAGCGAGAGAUCCAUCCACAGCCAAGCGCGCAUCCACCACCAAACAACUGCUCCAGCCAAAAACCAAAACAAACAAAAAACAUACACGGGACUUUCUGCAACCCUCCACCCAUCUACAAGCUCACCAUGAACGGACACUGCAACGGCAACGACCUGGUGGAAGCCCAUCUGAACAAGGAUCUCAGCGACCUCAUCAUCGACACCAAGAAGUCCGCCGUGCUGGUGCGCAGGGACCACGAGACGUCACGCAAAGACGCCGAGGACAAGUCGCGUCUUCCGGCCAUCGAGGCGGCGUAUACGUGCAUCCUCCGGGAGCUGGGCGAGGACGCAGACCGGGAGGGACUGCUGAGGACCCCGCUGAGAGCUGCCAAAGCCAUGCAGUUUCUGACCAAGGGGUACCAUGAGACAAUCUACGACAUCUUAAACGACGCUAUUUUUGACGAGGACCACAACGAGAUGGUGAUCGUGAAGGACAUCGACAUGUUUUCCCUCUGCGAGCAUCACCUGGUGCCUUUCUUCGGCAGGGUUCACAUCGGAUACAUCCCCAACAAAAAAGUGGUGGGACUCAGCAAACUGGCCAGGAUUGUGGAGAUCUACAGCCGCAGACUUCAAGUUCAAGAGCGUCUGACCAAGCAGAUCGCCAUGGGCAUUUCGGAGGCACUGCAGCCGUUAGGAGUGGCUGUCGUCAUCGAAGCUGCACACAUGUGUAUGGUGAUGCGCGGGGUGCAGAAGAUCAACAGCCGCACAGUGACCAGCACCAUGUUGGGGGUCUAUCUGGAGGAUCCCAAAACGAGGGAGGAGUUCCUGACCCUGACGGCCAAACGAGCCUAA